ACCCCGGGGGACAUUCGGCUGGUAGGCGGUGCCUGGUCGGGGGAAGGGAGGCUGGAGGUGUACUACAGUGGAAGAUGGGGUGGAGUUUGCGAUGACGAAUUCACCACCAACGCCGCUGCUGUCGCUUGUCGACAGCUAGGCUACUCACCCCUCCGUGCAACGUUUUCCUCGGUCACGGCGCCUGUUGAUUUCUUAUUGGACGACGUCAAAUGUACUGGAAGGGAAGCUGCGCUGCAAGACUGCGUGCACAAUGCUUGGGGCACUCACAACUGCGGGACUACCGAGCACCUGCAUGUGGCUUGUUCUAGUGAAUGUACCGAUCAUGUAUGUAGAAACGGGGGAAAAUGUAUGGACACACCCCACACCCAUGCAGUCAACUGUUCUUGUCCAACUGGGUUUCAUGGACUGACUGGAUGGUAGAUCAAGCAAUCUCAGGGCCUCCAAAUCACGUGUACAUCUCACAAUAUGUUUGUGGAGUUUGCCAAGAAAGAGUUCCCAGGUCUUCAUGCUGAUAGCCUUACAUUACGAGACCCCACAUGUAGAGCCACAGAUACGCCCACUACCAUCACUCUCACUGCACCGCUAGGAGGGUGUGACACACAGAUGGAGGUGGUCGGUGAUGACUUCGUCUAUGUGAACGAGGUAACUGCCCAGGACGUCACAGUGUCGGGUCACAUCUCGCACGUGCGAGACAUCAACGUAACAGUGCGUUGUUUCUACAGCAGAAACACUGUGGCACGCAGCUACUACCUCGUGAAUACCGAGGAGCUCGACGCCCUCACCAGCGGACAGGGCAAGUAUGAUAUCAGUAUGAAUCUGAUCUAUGAAGGAGUGACCUACCAACCCUCUAGUUCCACGCCCCUCAGCGUCAAGCCGGGAGAGGACCUGUCAAUCAAACUCUCCCUUCAAUCCAACGACUCGAACCUUCAGGUGUUUGCAAGGAACUGCAAGGCCACGCCCACUCCCUCACCAGAUAGUUCUGUGCAAUACCUGAUCCUUGAAAAUGGGUGUGCGCAUGAUUCAACCUUAACCUUCAUGAACGUCAGUGACGUCUCCGAGGUGACCUUGACCUUGGAGACGUUCAAGUUCGUGAACAGUUCCCGCAUGGUCUACUUCCACUGCGAGGUGUUGGUGUGUAACGCGUCCGACCCUGAGUCCAGAUGUCACCACGGUUGUCUGACCCCCGGGAGUGGAAGGAGGGACGCUGGGGAGAGCGGCGGAAGCGACUUAGAGCAAGAGGCACACUUGACUUCACAACAACUCUCGGCAGGACCGAUCAGAAUUGCAAACAAGAGGUCAAAACGCUCACCUAAGUUUGAUGACCGUAAGGAUGGCAACGCAUAUCUUAAUGGCGACCCAGCCCUGAUAGUGGGCGUGGCUCUGAUGUGUGUGUCCCUGGUGAUGGUGAUGGCGACGCUUCACCUGCUGUUCCGGGGCAACACUGGAAACGGCAAGGACGACUACACAAAGACUCGGUGCGACAAACAUUAAAGACACAUAACAAUU